AUGGGAAACAGCCAAAGCCAAUCGAGCGACCGGGACGCUCCCAAGUCGCCCGCCGUCCACCGUGACUCGAGUCGGAAGGAGCGUACAAGAGACAGAGAUGGAUCACAGUAUCGCACCACCAGCAACACCAGCACCUCCACCGCGCGGAGAGCGCAAUCACAUGUCAGCGCCAGCGCCAGCGCCAGCACCAGCAAGGCACCCGCGACGACCCCACCAAACCCCACGGCGACACUUCUACCUUCCACCACCGCGACUAGCUCCACCUCCACCUCCAACGCGCACGCCCAUGCCGAGACUGGUGCGACGUCUUCACACUCAAGAGCCCGCUCCAUAACCUCUCCCUCUCCUCACGCCACCUCCACACAAGACUCGGCAGCAAGUCAGCAGUCAGGCAACAUGGGCAACGCCGAGUCAAGGCAGCGUCCGCCGUCAAGAUCCAGCACACUUCCACCACCACAAACCGAGAGGCCACAGCCAUCGCCGUCUUCGCAGCCCGUGGACGUUCCGGCAAACCUGCAUCAUCAUGACGGACCGCAAGAUCAAGAUGCCUAUGAAAACACCACCGACCAGCCCAUGUAUGGAGGCCUCCCGGCAAGCGACUUCAGCCGACCGCCAAGACUUCCUCUACCCAUCGACCGCGAUCCAGAGCCGACGUCACCAAUCGCCACUCCCACCGAUGCGACGACACCCCACGAGAUCAGUCUUACCCGCCGACCGGCUAGCAUGCUGAGUUCGACCACGCUCGACGAUGAAGAAGUGGCCGACAUCGAGACCUUCACGCAAGAGACCGACCCGUACAGCCAGAAAGUCCUCACCACUCUAGAAUGGCGCGGCAAAGCUGAUACAGUCUUCGUCACGGGCACCUUCAUCAACUGGGAGAAGAAGUUCAAAAUGCAAAAGGAUCGAGAGGCCAAUGGCAAUGCCGUAUUCAGCCUCACCGCACCAUUGCCGACCGGCACGCACCACAUCAAGUUCCUCGUGGAUGGUGAGAUGGUUCUUUCCAAUCAGUAUCCCACGACUGUCGACUACACCAACUCGCUUGUCAACUACGUCGAGAUCGCCGCCCAGCUGUCUUCAAACGAAGCGCAGCCACCCGCGCCUGCAGAGCCGAUGCCGAUACCCGGCGCAGCGGCGGAAGCAGCGAGCGCGCGGACCUCGGCCAAGGACUUCUCCACGGUAGCGCAGCCGCCCGAGACAAACGAAACGGCCUCCACCACUCUCCAAGACACUGCUCCAGCACCAGCGCCCUCGCAGCCCCCUCAGCCAACACCCAGCGCCGUCCAGCAGCCUCAACAGCAACAAAUCCUCGAGCACCAACAUCAACAACCCUCCAAGCCACUGCCGAAGACCAAGGAACCACGUCCAAAGUACACCUCCGAGAUCCCCGAGUUCCUCCAGCACGUCGAUCUCUACUCCACCCCCGACGACGAGCGUUUCCGCCGCGCUAGCAAGGCUACCGCGCACCUGCCCCAGCCUCCCACGCUGCCCAUGUUCAUGAGUAAGAGCAUCUUGAACGCCGCGACGCCGCACAAGGACGACGCGAGCGUGUUGACGAUGCCGAACCAUACGGUGCUGAAUCAUCUGGCGACGAGCAGUAUCAGGCAGGGUGUACUGGCGACGAGUGGGACGACGCGGUAUAAGCGGAAGUUUCUGACUACGAUUAUGUACAAGCCGACGGGUGAGUCGGGAUGA